AUGGGUAAUUAUUUGGCUAAGUUCACCAGCUGCCAAUGGGCUCGAUACAACCAUUUGAUUGAGAAUAAAUCCAAGGAUGAUGCAGACUGUAACUUGGCACCAAGGACUGAAAGUAGGGGUGCUUCAGAAGAAGAGGAGACUGUAAGUCACAGGAAAAAGAGAAUGAAGGACCAAGGAUCAACAGUAAUAUAUCUUAAGGCUCUCCAGGGUGUGUUUGGGCACUUGAUAAACCAACUGCCCAGAAGGACGGCACCUCCAUCAGAUGAAGUUAAGACUGAAAGCCCUGACCAUAGAAAAAAGCCUUGCCAGUUGGGUGGCAAUUCAAGAAGCUUCUGUACAGCUCCAAGGGUUGAAGAAGAUCAGCAUCUCCCACUAGACUUAGAUGGACAGAAAACUGCCACAGAUGGAAGUAGUUGUGCUAGGUCAGUUGUCAUUUUGAGUGACCCCAGAAAAAAGCCUGUGACUUUCCAGAGGACGGUUAUUGCAGAACCCCCUUCGAAGCUUGUAUUUGUUGAUGAGCCCUCUUCGAGUUCAGAAGAUGGCCUUGAGUUUGAACAGAAAAAAAUGCCAGAGAAGAACCCGUCUGUAGGAAGCGAUUGGUCUGAUGUAGAAGAUGUAGAAUCUUUGGCUAGAUUCUCCCAGGAGGAUUCACUUCCACAGCUUAAUAGUCCAAGAAUUUUGGAGACUUCACGAACUUUAAGUGAUAACUUAACAUAUCCUACUAAUGUGAAUAGUUGCAUGUGGGGUGGCUCUGUAGGGUGCUGGACGAGUAGUCCCAAACCACCUGAGUGUUGUUCGUUUUUGAGCCCCAGCCAGGAUACUUCCUAUCUAACUGGCUCAGGUACCAAUUCUCUCUGUGACAUUUCUGUAGAACUUGCAACAAAUGCUUCUUUCAAUGCAUCUGAAGAUGUAGAGUCACCAGUUGAAGGUGGACAUUGGAGAUCACGUUCCCGUGAUUCUUCUGUGGUCUGCAGGGAAAGAAGUAGACCAUCUAGGGAGGAAGUGGGAUCCUGUGCUCCCGUUGUCCGUAGAGUCCGACUGUCAGAUUCUUUUAGUAAUGAAUACAUGAACAGGGAAGUGCCUGAUGAGCUGCCUAAAUAUUUGGAGGAAGGCUUUGUUGAUACCCAUUGCCAUCUGGAUAUGCUGUAUUCCAAGCUGUCUUUUAAGGGGACCUUUGCAAAGUUUAGAGGGGUUUACCACAGCUCCUUUCCCAAAGAAUUUCAAGGCUGUAUAACUGACUUCUGUGACCCUCGCACUCUGAGGGACUCUUUGUGGGAGGACUUGUUAAAAGAAGACAUGGUUUGGGGAGCAUUUGGCUGUCAUCCACACUUUGCACGUUACUACACUGAAUUUCACGAAAGAAGCCUCCUACAAGCCAUGCGGCACCCUAAAGCUAUUGCCUUUGGAGAAAUGGGACUGGAUUAUUCAUAUAAAUGUUCUACAGAUGUAUCCACACAGCACAAAGUAUUUCAAAGGCAGCUGCAACUGGCAGUGUCCUUACGGAAACCCUUAGUAAUACAUUGCAGAGAGGCAGAUGAUGAUCUGUUGAAGAUCAUGAAAAAGUUUGUGCCCAGUGACUACAAGAUACACAGGCACUGUUUUACUGGCAGUUACAAUGUCUUAGAGCCAUUGCUAAAGCAUUUCCCAAAUCUUUCGGUGGGAUUCACUGCAUUGCUGACCUAUUCAUCUGCCGCUGAAGCAAGAGAGACUGUCAGGAAAAUCCCUUUGAACAGAAUAAUUGUAGAAACAGAUGCUCCAUACUUCCUUCCAAGACAGGUUCCCAAAAGCAUGUGCCAGUAUUCUCACCCAGGACUCGCCUUGCACACAGUGAGAGAAAUCACCCAUCUGAAAGGCCUACCACUCUCCCUCACCCUGGCUAAUUUAAGGCAGAACACAAAGAGUCUCUAUGAUGUCUAGGAAGGCGCUAGUUAAGGUAGAGAAGUCCUAGGUUGGGAAGACUGCUGUUAAACAGGGAGAAACUUUGAAGGGACACUUGUAUCACAUCCUGUGACUCUGGUCCCAGUGGUGACACUUAGCCCCUCCUGACUUGUCAUUUCCACUUGCCUCAUAAGAGUUACACAUUUCUAUUUAUCCAUGUCCCUUCACAUCUCCGUUUAAUUUCCUGUUGGCUUACCUCCCCUUGGAGCACACCCCUAGAGAAGGUGCCAGUGUCUGUGAGAUCAGUUUUCCUUGAGGUGAAGACAAGGAGAACUAGUGUUGGGAAAUGUGGAAUUUUGUCCAGUUUUAUAGGUAUUGGUCCAUUCAAAAGAGUAAAUAGCUUGUAACUCCUGAACCAUUCCUGACCUGAAUGAUUCGAGAACAGCUAGAGCCCAAAGGGUAAAUGGGCAUCAACCAUAGCCUCUAAAAGCACCUAAUUGCUGAGACCAUGCAGUAAAGAGAAAAUACUGAAGCAGAGAAUUUGAUGCAAAACUGUACCCAGUUCCUUGCACAACACAAUGAAAACGCUGUACACAGUUAAGUUGGUGUUGUUUAGGUAUGGACCCCUUUCCUUGAAAGGUAUAAUGAAGUGCAUGUGCUAUAGAUACUAAAUAAGCUUUUAAACCUUUUUUAGCAAAAUGUUAUGACUGCUA